CCAUCCCAGGACCGUUCACUUUGGGACGCCAACUUAAAUCGAGCCAACGCAAGUACGCGUACGUACUUGUGCCCUCUCCCAACCAUCGCUAACGCACGCAACCAAAUUAUUUAAAAAAAAGGAGAACUCACAUACAUUCAAACUUGCAAUGUCUCUCAGCAGCAUAGUGCCAAAACCAGCAGAAUAUGGCGGCAGCGACAGUAGUUGUACUACUACUGUGGAAGUUUCGCCGGAGAUGCCUGCUGGAACCCAGAACAAGGCCGCGCCCGCUACCCAAGUUAAUUCACAAGCUUUCCUACAACUAACGUUGUAUCCUAUAACUUUAAAGUUUGAGGAGGUGUUUUACAAAGUGAAAGUGGAGCAGAAAGGGAGUAGAGGUAGGAGCAGAUCUAGAGAAAAGAGUAUACUGAGUGGGAUAACAGGUAUGGUAUGUCCAGGAGAGAUAUUGGCUAUGUUAGGGCCAUCCGGAAGUGGGAAGACGACCCUUCUUACUUCCCUGGGAGGGCGCCUCAAUCAUCAGAAUAACGUUAAGUUCAUGUCAGGAAAGAUCAGCUACAACGGCCAGCCAUUCUGCGGCGCCAUCAAAAGACGAACGGGAUUCGUUGCCCAGGACGACGUUCUGUACCCGCAUCUCACGGUGACUGAGACUCUUGUGUUCACGGCUCUCCUGAGGCUGCCCAACAGCCUGAGCCGGGACGAGAAAGUGCAGCACGUGGAGCAGGUGAUCAGCGAGCUGGGAUUGACUCAGUGCCGGAGCAGCAUGAUAGGGGGGCCACUGUUUAGAGGGAUCUCAGGGGGAGAGAAGAAGAGGGUGAGUAUAGGUCAAGAGAUGCUGAUUAACCCGAGCUUACUUUUAUUGGAUGAGCCCACCUCAGGGUUGGACUCCACUACAGCUCAGCGGAUCCUGAUCACACUCAAAAGGCUUGCGAGUGGGGGCCGAACCCUUGUCACCACCAUCCACCAGCCCUCCAGCCGCAUCUACCACAUGUUUGAUAAGCUCGUCCUGCUUUCCGAGGGCUCCCCCAUUUAUUAUGGCCCUGCUUCUGCGGCCCUCAAUUAUUUUUCCUCCAUCGGUUUCUCCACGUCCUUGCCUAGUGUGAAUCCUGCUGAUCUUUUGCUGGAUCUUGCUAACGGAAUCGCCCCUGAUUCCCAACAUGCAUCUGAGCAGUGGGAGAACACGAACGCGGAACAAGAGCAGAAAAUGGUGAGAAAAGCUCUCAUUUCUGCCUACGAUAAGAACAUUUACGCAAAGUUGAAAGAUGAGCUCUGUGCUGGUUUGGAGGUCAAUAACUACGACAAUUACAUGAAAGGAGCUGCUUCUGCAAAGCAAUAUUGGUGUACAAGCUGGUGGCACCAGUUCAAGGUGCUGUUUCAGAGGGGGUUAAGGGAGAGAAGGUAUGAAGCCUUCAACAGGCUACGGAUUUUCCAAGUAGUAAGUGUGGCCACGCUUGGUGGACUCCUCUGGUGGCGUACACCCACGUCUCACAUUGAAGACCGUAUCGCUUUGCUCUUCUUCUUCUCCGUAUUUUGGGGGUUCUACCCACUGUACAAUGCAGUGUUCACAUUUCCCCAGGAGAGAAGGAUGCUGAUAAAAGAACGAUCCUCGGGAAUGUACCAGCUUUCAUCCUACUUCCUAGCAAGAACAGUUGGAGACCUGCCGCUGGAGCUGGCACUGCCAACAGCAUUUGUGUUAAUAAUCUAUUGGAUGGGAGGGCUUAAACCGGACCCCUUCACGUUCAUCCUGUCCCUGCUCGUGGUUCUGUACAGCGUGCUGGUCUCCCAAAGCCUAGGGUUAGCCAUUGGUGCCAUUCUGAUGGACAUAAAGCAAGCCACCACUUUGGCGUCGGUUACAACACUUGUCUUCCUCAUCGCCGGGGGUUACUACAUUCAACAGAUUCCUCCCUUUAUCGUGUGGCUGAAGUACUUAAGCUAUAGCUACUACUGUUACAAGCUUCUUCUUGGGGUCCAAUACGACGAGGACGACUUUUAUGAGUGCUCCAAAGGAGUCUUGUGCCGAGUUGGAGAUUUGCCUGCCGUCAAAUCCAUGGGUGGUCUCGACCACUUGUGGCUCGAUGUCUCCAUUCUCGGCUUAAUGUUACUUGGCUACCGCCUUCUUGCUUAUCUUGCACUCCAUCGAGUGCGCUUGAGGAGAUAAUUAAUCAUUGACAUCAUCGAUUUGAUCGUCAUCCGAAGAGUUCUCUCCUUCUUCAUCAACUGAUCGAUGGUGCGUCGAGGAGGAACGUAGCUGAAAAUCAUCACAUCAUGUGGUGGAAAUUUGAGUUGGAAUUAAUUAAAACCGUAUCGUGUGUGCAUGAACCUUGAUAUAUGCUUUAGCCAGCUUACUUUAAUCAGCUCGAUCGAUAUUAAUUACUAACUUGAAGAAGAUCACUCUAAUUGAGUAAUUUCAGAAUAAUACAUUGAUAAUGCUCAAUCGUUUAUGAUAAUAAAGAGGAAAGAACAUAUAUGCUCUUCAAUUUCAAGGUGUGAACACACCCAACUGCCGGAAAAUUAUUGUCUCUGU